GAGCGAGCGGCCAGUUCGCGGCAGCUGCCGGCGCGGGAGCAGCCCCGGCCUUUGAGAAACUUUCUUGGCCGGUCGGUGGCGAGCACCAAAGCGGGCUAAGCAGGAGCUCGGAGCCUGGCUGGAGAGCCCGCGGGGGGCGGGCGGAGGAAACACCCUCCCCUGGACAGGAAACAAGUGGAGAAGUUGGAUGUUUGCAACAGCUGACGAGAAGAUUCCCUGAGUCCUAGAGUGUUCAGCAAAAGGGAAAAAGGGAGAAUAAGAUGAAGUUCCUGAGAGGUGGCAGGAAAUAGUGAAGAGAAUUGUGAUUGUCAACAGGAAACCCAAGAUCCUUACCACACAUGACUAUACCAGGCAGAACAUUUCAAACACACAACAUCUGCAGGUCUUUCUGAUUUGGAGAGUAAAGGUUCAUCUACAUGAGGUGUUUUCUGGGAUCGUAUCUGUCAGAGCUCAGUGGACCACAAAUGUGCUUCUGCAUUAUUGUGAACACACUGAGAAUCUGCAAGGUUUUUCCUAUCUGCUGAAGCUGACAAACCCUGUACUCCAUCUUUCUAUGCCCUCUGUAGUAGACAGCUAAAUCAGCUGAAGGGAAAAGGGGGCAAGAUAAGCCUCUGGCCAACAGCUGGCAGCUGAGUGCCCUUCAAAACCCAGACCGUUUUGAGGUGCGUUGGUGGCUGUUUGCAGCACUGCAGAUAUGGACACUGAGCUUCUCUGGCACCUUCUUGCAUUGGCCUGGUCAACCUCACCAUGCUAGUAUAUGGGAAUGAAAACUUCCUCUCGGAUGUAAUUUACAUCAUCCUAGAACUGGUCAUUGCAGUGCUGGCCAUCUUGGGGAAUGUCCUGGUCUGUUGGGCCGUCUAUCUGAACAGCAACCUGCAAAACGUCACGAACUACUUUGUGGUGUCCCUGGCUGCAGCCGACAUUGCAGUGGGCGUGCUGGCGAUCCCCUUUGCCAUUACCAUCAGCACUGGCUUCUGUGCCUUCUUCUAUGGCUGCCUCUUCAUCGCCUGCUUCGUCCUGGUUUUGACUCAGAGUUCCAUCUUCAGUCUCCUGGCUAUUGCCAUUGACAGAAUCAUUGCUAUCCGGAUACCCCUCAGGUACAAUGGUUUGGUGACCAGCUCGCGAGCCAAAGGUAUCAUUGCCAUCUGCUGGGUCUUAUCCUUCAUCAUCGGCCUGACGCCCAUGCUGGGCUGGAACAAAUGCUCCCAGAGGGAAGCUCAGGACACCAAUAAUUCCUCACUCAGUAACUGCAGUAAAAGCAUGAUAGCUUGUCUCUUUGAGACAGUUGUCACCAUGGAGUACAUGGUCUACUACAAUUUUUUUGCCUGUGUGUUGGUGCCCCUCCUCCUCAUGUUUGGCAUCUACCUGAAAAUCUUUCUGGCAGCCAGGCGGCAGCUCAAACAGAUGGAGAACAAGAUGGUACAUGGGGAACGCUCACGCUCUACUUUGCAGAAGGAAGUCCAUGCGGCCAAGUCUUUGGCCAUCAUCGUUGGGUUGUUUGCCAUCUGUUGGCUUCCACUCCACAUUAUAAACUGCUUCACACUCUUUUGCCCGGGUUGUGCCCGUCCUCCCCUCUGGCUGAUGUACCUGGCCAUUAUCCUGUCUCAUGCCAACUCCGUAGUGAACCCAUUGAUUUAUGCCUACCGGAUCAGGGAAUUCCGACUCACCUUCCGUAAAAUUCUCAGGCAGCAUAUUGUAGGCAAGAAGCAGUUCAAGACUGGUACUGCCAGUACUAGGACUUCCACUUAUGGUGGGGAUGGAGAAAAUGCCAGCAUUAGGAUCAGUGAGUAUGCUCUGAACAUAUAUGCCAAUGGGGAGCUGGGUGCUAUCCACAAAGAUACUGACAUGCAGGACCUGAGUAAAUGCAAGGCAGGUUUGGAAUGGCACCACAAUGGGAAUUCACUAGACAUGGAGAUAAAUGGGCAUCUCCCACAUUCCUGCAAAAAUGGGGACCUUUCAGAUGUGUGUGGGAACAUGGAGCUUCUUACUGAAGAGCUAAUUGGCAUUCGUGUCUCUUACUCUGAACUGGAGAAUUCAACCUUGGCAGCAGCUGACGUUUCCUGAUGACUCUCACAACGUCUUUCCACUGGAAUGAAAUCUGGUGGUUUUUUUUCUUUUUUCUUUUUUUCUACUGGCUGCCUCUGCUAUGGGAGAAAGGGAGGAUGAGGGGAAAAGAGGAGUGAGGCCAGGUCACUAUCACGUAGGGGGUCCCUACCCAGGACUGAUGGGAAGAUCCAAAGAACUAGACUGGAGAAAGAUUGAGAGGCACUGUUUUCAACAAAGGAAGAGGAGGGACAUUAUAGCUAUCAAAGGCCCAAUUCAGAGAGACAGAGAGAAGAGAGCAAAGGUCAUAUCUGACAUCUGAAUUUUAGCAUUGGGAGACUCUGCUCCAGCAGGGUGUGUUAUGACAUUAUGCUGUACUGAGUAUCUGUGGUUGUUCUUCAGUUUAGUGUCUUUACCAACAGAAAUAAAGGUGUGACUGAAACAUUUACUACUUCAUGAGGAGGAAGAGGGGGCAGGGCUUUUAACACUGUGGCCUCUAACAGAAGUAGAGGGUAUAGCAGUGCCUACUGGUCAGGAAAGAUGCUAUGCUGCCUGAAGAGUGAAGGGAUUCAACUGGUGGGAACUUUCAGCAUCUUCAACUGUGAGAUUCUGUUUUAAAAUUAGUUUUUAAAGCUUACUAGUACAACAGGUUUCCUGAUUUUCCACUCACUGCUAGAUCAGUUAUGAAUUAUUUUACAGUGAGCUGGAAUAUAGACAGAAGGUUUUACCUCCCCUGUGUUCCAUGGAGAUGGGCCGCUGGGAAGUUACUUGUGUGUAAGGUGCUAUUAUGUUGUCAGUUAUGAAUGUAUACAAGAGAGGGUGGCUCUAUCCAAGCCUACAGUGUCCAGCUACGUCCUGGCACAUUGAAGCAAACUGGUAACUAUAUUUCAGACCCUUCCAUUUCACCGAAAGAACAAAGACUAUAUAUGAUAAUUUGAUAGUUUUAUUAGCCAAUGGGACACUGGCAGGUGUCUGUGUGCUGUGGGUAACAGCAAGGCAGGGGCAGGUCUGUGUGGGAAGGGAAGGGCUAAUAGGGUGGUGAUAGCAGGUUUUGUGAAUUGCUGGCAGGUGUGUUGUUAGCAAUGAGAGAUGACCACAGACUGGUAAUAGGUCCAUGUUUGCAAUGUCUUUGUGGCUGGUUCUUUCCUCUGCUUAUCUUUGUUUGUCUGCACCUGUGUAUGCAGAAUGCCCAUUCAUUCCACAGCCUUAGUUACGUUUUCUCUAGAAUUCCUCUUUUUGGUGAACUUUAAUUGCUCAUUUUUCUUGAAAGUAAAAACAACUUUUAAAACUGAACUUGGUUUUAAAGUCUAGAAUUCAUGAGCCCAAGUUCAUUAAAACCAUUUUUUCUAUAUUGUUUCAAACAACUCAUGGAAUCUGGUUAACCGUGAAGCCCUGUGUUUCUGUAAUAUGUGGGUGUGCAUUACAAAUGAGUGUGCGUGGAUAUGUGUGCACCAGUAGAAGUGGGGGCACGUGAGUGCAGUUUGAGAGAGAAAGAAGCUUGUGUUUCAGAGAACUGGAAAACAACCACCAGUGCACCCCUCCCUGAUCUGUGCAGUCACAGCAUUAGCCUUGCCUGCCUUUCUGAUAGACCAUGGUCUGAUCUGUCUCUAAUACAGGGUACAUGACAGUGUGAUAUGUUACAAAGGGUUUUUACAUGUGUUUGGAAUGGCCCCUUACUUGUAACUGGUGAAGCCACUCAUCCUAAAGGGGGCCAAUAAAAUCUUUAUCCAAGCCCAAUCAGCUUGUAUGCUUCAUCUGCCAUGUAUGGUUAUGAGAAAAAAAAAUAUUCCAAAGCUCACCUAAAAUAGCUAUUACUGUAACACUAGUGUGGACAAAAGUCUAUCACAGGGCCUUCUGGGGCUAGAGGCAGGUGCCGUCUGUCCCACUGGAAAGCUGGAAAUCUCCCCUUUCCAGUGAUCCAUUCUUUGACCCUGAAGCAUUAUAUAUCACCACUCAAUCCUACCACUGGUCCAGGUCUGAGAGUUGGCCAUCCCAGACCUCAGAUCAGGGUAACUUUUUUUGAGGGGAGAGAGAUUCUGAAAUUUGGGGGCAAGAGAAGGAAAGGCAAUGCUUAUUCAUUCCUUAUUGACAAGCUAUUUAAAGGGAAUUUCCUUUCCGUUGUGCUCCCUGGGUGAAUGGGGGCAAGGAGGGUUGGUGUAUGACUUUGGAGAGAGUUUAGCACUGAAGGUCCCAGCCAGUACAGGGCUUUCAACAAGUAUGUCUGGCAGACAGAUAAAAAGUUGCUUUUGCCACCAAAGCUCUCAGCAAAAAGACAAGACAAGGCAAGUAUUAAAACAAUAGACAUCACAGUCAAGUUGAGUCAGUUCCUUUUUAGCAUAAGUCUUCCAUUAUCAGGCUCCAUAGCUUGCGUUUGGGAUUUUAUUAUUGUUGAUCUUCCCUGGUGGAAUAUAUUCCUCUAUGCUAUGUGGGGGAUUGUGCAUCGCCAACCUUCUGUAACCUUUCAGCAGUGGAGGAAUACACGAAGGGCUUUGAUCUUUUCAGAACUCAGGCGCUGAAAUGCUGCUAAGAAUAACACAAGAUGACAUCCUGCCUUCACAGCAUAACAAUUAGGUCCACACAGAAGCGGAGCAGGGAAGGAAGUAUGGGGAAAUAUCAGCAUUGCUCAUGUGCUGUAACACACACAAGUGCAGAAAGUGUGUGCUGUCACGUUCUGCUGGCUGUCACACAGGAUCUGCCUGAUGCUAUAUUACAUCAAACUUUAUAAGAACCAACACAGGCUGGCUGCCUUCCACUGCUCCCCCAGCUUCCUCACACCCAAAUGUGCAGCUUGGUUACUACAAGGACAGAGUUGAUCUAUGUGGGUUUAACAAACUUGGGAGGGUCCCACUGGAAAACUCACCAGUCUAACUGGGUUGUCAUAUAAGCUCACUUGGUCUUCAGCAGUCUUGGAAUUGGCUCCAGUAUUGCUGUUCAGGGCAUUUAACCAGCUGUGUCAAAUGCCCUUUCAUUGUUAACAUCCAGAGCUGAAAGGAAAUGCGGUCUCUGUAGCCCCCAAAAGCUGAAGGGAAGCUGAGGCUGGGAUUGAUUCAUGGGUUGUGGGCAGGACUAGGGGAGCUUGCACUAGAUCGGCAUCCCUUCCCCAGGCAGAGGGCAGCUCAGCUUGUAAGGAUUUAGAGAUGAUGCAAGCUCCUCAGGCAAGGACCAUCUUUUGUUCUGGGUUCAUACAGCACCUACCACAAUGGAUUCCUGGUCCAUGAUUGGGGCUUGUAGGUGCUAUGAUCAUCAGCCUCCAGAAAAGAUGACUAGAGGAUGACAUGGAGCCCAUCAGAUUACACCCAUCUGUCUUUCGGCUGAUACGUGUUAGAGAGAGACCUUUGGGAUAUCUUGCUGGGGAAAUGUCAGACAAGCAGAUGAGGGCUGCCAUGCUCAGGAGAACUGGUUGGACACAAGUGUCCCUAUGCUC